AUGGGAGAAGAUGAAAAAGUUACAGAAUAUGUGUCGAAGGUCCAGAAACUCGUCCAUCUCAUGAAGGCUUGUGAAUCCAAUCAACUUGAAACCUUAAAAUUGGAAGAUUUGGUUGGUUCGUUGGAAGCACGUGAGAUUAGGAUUGUUGAAAGGAAAGGAGUUCAAGACUCGAUACAAGCUCUACAGGCUCAGUUAUGGAAAAAGAAUGGUGGUUCCAACAAAUUCAAAGGCAAGUUUGACAAGACUCAGGGCAAGAAGUCUUGGUCAAAUCCCCAUAAGCAUCAGGUCAAAGAUAAAUCUUCUGAAUCCUCAAAAAGAGGAGGAGGAAACUAUCGGAAGGACAAAGAAGAUAAGAAAGAUAUGCAGUGUUAUGAAAAGUGGGGUCAUUUAGCUAAAUAUUGUUGGUAUAGGAAAGAUAAUGGAUCAAUGAAAGGCAAGGAUGAAGGAGCGAACCUUGCAAGCCAAGAUUCAGAUGAUUCUGAAAGUGGUAUGGUGGUUAUGGAUUCAAUCGUAGAUAACCAUGUCGAAUCCAAGAUCUGGUUCCUCGACUUAGGCUGCUCGAAUCACAUGACUGGUCAAAAGGUGUGGUUUCCAGAUUUCAACGAGUUGUAG